AUGGCUUCCAACGGAUCCGAAUCGCCAGACGAGUCGUUCUUCAACGACCUGUCCCAACAAGCGCAAGACGCGAAUUCUACCAACGGUCAGGAAACGCAACAGGAUGGAUCAAGCAAGGUCAAGAGGAUUGCCUGUGUUCUGUGUAGGAAGCGGAAGUUGCGAUGCGACGGCACCCGGCCAACAUGUUCGACCUGUAAACGUCUGAACCACGAUUGCGCAUACGACGAAGUACGCAAGAAAAGUGGACCUAAGCGCGGCUAUGUCAAGCUGCUCGAACAACGGCUGCAGCAAGUCGAGACCCUCCUCAAGACUCAAGACACGACCGACCCGAGCAAGGAAGCCCCGCGCCAGGACGCCGCUUCCACAUACGUUGCGAAUACCAUAAGUCAAUCGCUGCCGAAUUCUACAAAUGUUCCCAAUACAGCAGGCAAUACUCAGUCGAGGAUCACUGGCGCAAGCCCAUUCCAAAAUACCGGUACAAGCGGAAAUGAUGCGGAGGACACCUCGUGGGAGAUGAUUGGGCUUGGGCUCGAGGAACCUCUACCUCCUCAAGAAAUCCAGGACGAUUUAUAUCAAAUAUAUUUCGCCAAGAUCCAUCUCUCAAUGCCCGUCAUACACAGACCACGGUUCAUGGCCGCUCUGAACCUGGCUCCUCAUAUGCGACCGCCGGUUUGUCUGCGAUAUAUCAUGUGGACCCUAGCCGCUUCCAUCACAGACAAGUACGAGGCGUUACAAGAACAUUUCUACCAACGUGCUAGGAAAUAUGCGCAGAUGGAUGAGAUGAGAGGCCACGGAGAGUCGACCAUCACCCUUGCGCAUUGCCAGACAUGGGUUUUGAUGGCUACGUACGAGUUCAGACAGAUGUACUUCCCAAGAGCCUGGAUGUCAUCCGGGAGAGGUUCAAGACUAGCCCAGAUGAUGCAGCUGCAUCGCCUGGACGGAGUUGGACUAGAUGUAAAGCAAUGCUUGGCUCCACCCAAGGAUUGGACCGAGCGUGAGGAACGGCGGAGAACCUUUUGGCUAACCUUUUGCAUUGAUCGAUACGCGAGUAUUGGAACUGGCUGGCCCAUGACCUACGAUGAGAAAGACAUCAUGACAAACCUGCCAGCAAGCGAAGAAGCGUUCGACAAGAGUAAGCCCAUGGAUACUGGAUCACUGGACCAAUUACUCAAUCCUAAUGGCGUGCAAAACCUUCAACCACUUGGCGGUAUCGUCCUUACAGCUGCAAUGUUUGGCCGUAAUCUGCUUCACUUACAUCGACCACUGUCAGAUGACAACGAGAACGAUAUCAAUGGCGGAUUCUGGAAUCGACAUCGAAGCAUCGAGCGCAUACUUCUGCAGACCUCGCUGAGCCUGCCGGAUAGCAUCCGCCUGCCAUCCGGUAUAGCCGAACCCAACGUAGUGUUCACGAACAUGUGCAUACAUACGUCGGCAAUAUGUCUUCACCAAGCAGCCAUCUUCAAAGCAGACAAAUUCCGGCUACCAGCAAGCGUCAGCAAUGAAAGCAAGAUUCGUUGCGUAACAGCAGCAGCCGAGAUUGCUUCCAUCAUGCGGAUGAUCAGUCAUAUGGACCUCGGUUCAAUGAAUCCUUUUAUAUCUUUCUGUGUUUACGUAGCAGCAAGGGUAUUCGUCCAAUACCUGAAGACGCGGCCGAAAGACCAACAGAUGAAAUCCUCGUUACAAUUCCUCUUACAGGCGAUGGAAGCUCUUCGACGGAAGAACCCACUCACAGAGUCGUUCUUGGUGCAAUUAGAUCUUGAUCUAGAGGGUGCAGGUCUGCAGGGCAUGCGUCAUCAGCCAUACACACAGCCCACGCGCAAAGUGAGUCAAACCCCAGAGGUUCUCCAGGGGCUCAGUGAUACGAUUGGGAGUCGAUUAAGUCAGAGUUAUCCUAAGUAA